AUGUUCAAGGGGAUGUUAAUCGGCAGGAACAGGAACAGCACUGCUUCCGCUGGGGGGGAACUGCUAAAAGAGGGCCAAUCGCGCGAGGGUACUGACAGGAGGGACGACCAUAUUGAAGACAGACGGGAUGAUCCCAGGGGGAAGGGCCCAAAGGCGAGUCGCGCACAUAUCAGCAGAACAAACAGCAAGGGGGUGAACUUUAAAGAGGGGCUCCAGAAGGCAAGCUUCCUCGAGUUUAAUUUUAAGACGGACGUGUAUUUGAAGCUGAACGAAAUGAAGAUUUUCACCCCCACGCAAAUUCAGAGGAACGUAAUACCGUUGCUGCUGCAGGGAAGGGGGGACUCCACGGGGGGAAGCGGCGAAGUAGCCACGUACGAAGGGAACGCAGAUGUGUAUAGGGAAAUAGUGAGAAGGAGAAGUUGCAUUAAUGGUUACUUGCGGGAGAGUUUUAACGUGAGGGGGGAUUUUUACGACGUGGGGAAGUACCAAUCAGGUGGGGGGGAGAACCCCCUUGGGGAGUACCCCCUUGGUAGGCACGCCAAUCGCAGCAGCGCCCCGCCCCCCGGAGAGGAAGCCAACCGGGGAGGAGAAAAAACAAAAUGCUUCAACGACGUGUACGUCAUCGUAAGUCCAGAUAACACGGGAAAGACGCUGAGCUAUUUCCUUCCAAUAUUAAACAACUUUUACUUGAACAAUGAAAAAAUUAUGAAGAGCCUAUCGAAAUUUUACCAUUUCCUAAAUAAAUAUAAUUACAAAAAAUUUCGAAACAAACUUUUUAGGAAGAAAGAAAAGUUAAGAUGUGCCAACAGGAGAAUGGACAAUUUAUUUUUUCACAUAGCGUAUGAAAAGCGCAGAAUACGAAACAGGUACAUAUAUAUGCGCAGGUACAAAAAUUACAACGUCAGCAGGAGCUAUGUAAAAAAUAAAAAGAACAAUGCACUUAACUGUUUGAGGCAUAAGAAGAAUGUUUUCUUUCCCUAUGCAGUUAUUUUAACAAACACGAGGGAAGCUGCCUUCGAACUUUUUUCCUUUUUAAAAAGUUUUGACGUAAAUAUUGAGUUGCUCGCGGGGGGAUACAUGUACAAAAGGAAGUCUGUUAAGAAGUUUCACGUGGAGAUGCUACCUCCUCUGGGUGAUGGGGGGGGUCAAGACAUGGAAUAUGCGGACAACCUCUACCACUCGCAUGGGGAGGAUCCCCUAGGGGGGUACCCAAAUGUGCGAAGCGAGUUCAUCAAGACCAACGAUUUUUUAAAAAAAAUUAGUAAAAAUGUCAAGCGAAGAGCCAAGGCAAUAAAUUACAACGUCGACAUUUUGGUUGGCACGCCCGAUAAAAUUUUCGAAAAAAUAGACAACUGUAAAAAUAAGCAUUUGUACAAUUUUAAGUUUUUAAAGUACAUCGUCGUGGAGCAGGCAGAGACGCUGUGCAAUGCGUUCAACGAGGGGAAGCUGCAGCUUGUGCUUAACCAUAUAGGGAACUACACCAACAUGUACUAUUUUAGGGGGGGUAUUUCGGCUGAUGAUCAGCACACAGGGGGCAUCCCCCGCGAUGUUCUCAAAGAUGAUCGGUUAGGGGAUCCCCAUGACGAUGCGCGCGAAGGACAAAAAAAAGGCUUCGACUUGGAAAAUGAAGAGGCGCCCCGGAGUACUCGGCGGGGGAGACGCAGGAACAGUCCAAACCAGCAUAAAAGGACUGACAUGGCGCUGGGAGGGGGAAAUAAUGAGGAGAGCCCAGAUGGGUGUGAAGAAGGUGAAGUGGGGCAGGCCACCGACGCGGGAAGUGAUGUGCGCAGUGCCUCCAAAUGGUGUGAUGGGGAAGGAAAAACGGGCGAGGUGUUCAUGGGAAGCAGCACCAAUGGGGAGAGCCCCCCCGAAGAGGCCACCCCUCGCAGCAGCGAAAGGAAACCCGCACAGCAAGAGGAGCAUGCCGACCGUGGCGAAAUCAUCCGGCUGGUGAACCGCGGAGGGGCCGAAAACGAAAAGAACACCCUGGGCUCGAACAUCCCCAUAGCCAUAUUCGUGUCGGCGACGAAAACGUUUUGCAUCAGCGAGUUUCUCGCCAACAACGUGAGGAGCAAACACAUCCAGGAGGUGAUACACCUGAAGAGCCACGACAUCAGCUCCGAAAUGAAGCACAUAUUCAUUAACAGCAAAAAUAAGGAAAAGACAGCCCUCCUGUUGGAGCUUCUGAACAGCAAGGACGCGCGGAGCAGCGCCCGGAUGAAGGGGGAGGCACGAAGCGGCCAUUUCCCCAGCGGGCCUAUCCUCAGCAGGCAUUUCCUCAGCAAACAUGUAAUUUUCUGUAACACGAGAAAAAGCGUGCAGAAUGUUGCAGACCUGCUGACCGAGCUCAAGUACAAAGUGAGUUGCAUCCACAACGAAAUGAGCUACAAGGAGAGGAGCCAAAAUUACCGACGCUUCAAAAAAAACAAAACGAACAUUCUGGUAUGCACAAAUAUCCUCAGCAGGGGAGUGCAAUUUGAAAAUUGCCACAUAAUCAACUACGACAUUAGCAAUAAUAUCAAUGACUAUAUUUACAAGUCAAGCAAAGUGGCACACACCAAUGGAAGUACCGCUUGUAGUGGAAGAGGCAACUCGCUAACCUCCUUCUUUGGCAAAAAAAACACAUCACUAGUUAACGAAAUAAUUGAAAAAACGGCGGACAAGAAACAAAUCAUUUUUCAAAACUUAAACAAAAAAGUUAGCAAAAUGUUGAAGCUGCAAAAUAUGUACUACGAUAUUGUGAAGAAGAAAAAGAGGUAUCAGAAAAAGGGGGGGAGAAAAGCUUUGCAUAUUUCCCCAAGGAGAAAUUGCUUAAGCAAAAAAAAUAAAAUAUUAUCCAAAAAGCUGUACUUUUAUAAUAAAAUGAAUGUAGAGCGUAAGCGAUUGAUUAAGAAGGGAAUUCUCAAGGGCCAUGAGAAGAUCCCCAGAUUUCCAAACAGAAAAGCGGAAGUCUACGACAGCAAUGAGUAUAACAGUAUGCACAGGCUGGACGACGGCGCGCUGCAAAUUUUAGCCAAGAAAAGAAAAACCAAAAGGAAUAAAAAGGAGGAGGGGGCACACUAUGAGCAGGACACCAUCGUUUUGGACACCAUGCCCACUUACGAGGAGGAGGCGAAGGCCAAGGAGAAGCGCCACCAGAAGAAGACCUACUUCUAGGGAAAGCGCCUUCUCAGAGCAGAAUAGGGGCGAAAUGGGGCAAACUCGAAGCCAACUCGAAGCCAAA